CAGUAGCUGCGCAGCGCUCACUCGCUUUAAGGCUGUUAUCACUGCCGUAGACACAACUUCCACAGCAUCUCUUACCGGCACUGCAGCUGUUAGCGGAGGUGGACUUCACCAUACUACUAGAGGGAAACCGAUGUAUACCUCCAAAUUUGUCUCAUAUACAACAAAUACCGGGAACUGCUGGACUUAAAGCGGUGCAUUUUGCAAUAUUGUAUUUAUACAGGACGCUCAACAGCAGAAACACUGACUCUGACGGCUAACUCGUUGAGAUAUUCUGAGAUUUCGAUAAAUCAUCCGGACUAGUCCAUUCCCAAAAGAAGCACCGAGCCAUUUCCUUGCACCAAAGCUACCGCUAUAACAUCAGUAAGGGUUUCUUUUUCUAGGGUGACCAUCCUCACAUAAAGCCGCCACCGCCAUGGAUGAGUUGGACCUUCCCCAGAUGAAGAAGGAGGUGGAGAGUCUCAAGUACCAGCUGGCCUUCAAGAGAGAGAAGUCUUCCAAAACAGUUACUGACCUGGUGAAAUGGAUCGAGGACGGCGUGCCUGACGACCCUUUCCUGAACCCCGAGCUGAUGAAGAACAACCCCUGGGUGGAAAAGGGCAAGUGUGUGAUUCUCUAAAAGAGCCGGGGAUGAGUAACGUCCGUCCUCUCCACCUCGGCCCCACCGUGCCCUGCGCUGGACAGAGGCAGAACGCCGCUUUCUCUAACCCCACCCACCCACCUACCCACCUACCCCUGCCAGCCCCCUCCCUCCCUUCACUAUGAAUGUACAACAGACAUCCCGAAGAGGACCACUUGCUCAUUUUACACUGACAUGUUAGCACCGUUACAGUCACACUUGCAAGAAUUUAAGGAAAAAAAAGAAAAGAAAUUGCCAUGCAUAACUGUUAUAAUCAUGAAUAUCUAUAUAUCUUUAUAUGCCGUAAAUGGAUUUUAUUCUCUAGCAUAUUGAUUCCUUUUUGGUGUUGUCGCUGCUGCUUGCGCUUUUUUGAUAACACGUUGAAGCGUAUACUCACUGCCAGUAAUGGCCUGAUAGUCUGCUGGCUGCCUAAAACAAGGAGAGGAGAGGAGGUGUGGAGGAGAGACACGGAGAGGGAAAAAUGCUACAGCUUAAAAAAAAAACAGCUCUGCUUUAUUUAGAAUCACUGAAGGCAGAGUCAGUCUUGUAACACCUCCUCUCUCUCUUUUACUGAGUAGCCUGAAAUCAUUCCAGUAGGCCCGAUGCACUUAUGCCGCUUUGCCAGACCUCCGCACCUCCCCUCCCACCCCAUAUCUCUGAAGUAUGAUUCUCAAAGGUGGGGUGUCUGCACCUGCCUGUCUACACCCUGUAUUUUGUGCCGACCCCCAUAGGUAAAGAUGUCCAUGCAGCACCUGGAUGACAGGUACAGUUUCAGCCAUACUUUAAUGGGAUGCAAAUGGCAAGGAUGAUAAGAGAAAUUUACAUUUUGCACGUUUUUCUGUUUUUCCUCCUUGGAAUUCAGUAGUACCGUCCCGCACAACUAAUAUAUGCUAGCGGAAGAGCGACAGCAAGAAACACACAGCACACUCACUGAGGCACACUUUGUUUUGGUUUGGAUUUUCUUUCAUUCAAACAUGUACAGACGUAUGUUCUUAAUUUAUUGACUUAUUUAUGGUAAUUUAUUUAUUUAUGGGUUUACUACUACUACUGAAUCUGUGGGUGCUGUUUGCUUGGGGAGUUGUGUUGGACUUGCUGUUUUUAUGCCCGCACCCUUCCUCCAUCAUUAUAGGAGAAAGAAAAAAAAACACAAAACACCUUGCCAGUUCACCAUCAAAUACUGCCUUGUACACAACCUCCUUAAAACAAGAAUGUAUGUGUGUCGAAAAAAGGGGUUGGCCUUCCAUCUACCACCCGCAAUGUUGACUUGUGCUCGUAUGCAUGGAGUUUAAAGGCUGCACACUGGCUGAGGCUUUGGGUCAGAUUUCCAACAGCACAAUCUGUCAGCUGCCAAGGCACCGAUGAAGAAAGGCAAGGAUGUUGGUUUAUUUGUUGUUUCUGAUUUUGUUUUCGUUGGCUUGUUGUUGAUUUUGUUUUUCAUUUGUUUUUAUAUUCAACAUCUAGUAGGACGCUGUUUAUCUAUCUAGCAUUGUACUAAUUGUGGGAGUGCUUUGGGAUAUUAUGCAUACGAUCAAUUACUAGUUUAAUGAUGAAGCAAUAAGCAAUGACAAUUUUUUUAUUGAAUGUUUUACAAAAACAUUUAUCCUAUUGAAUAAAGUAGAGGAUUUUUAGACA